AGGACGAGGAGGAAGACGACGAGGCGGAAGAGGAGGCGGCGGCGGCCGAGGCGGAGCGAGCCACCCGGCAGCGCUACGAGGAGCUGUGCAGCAGCCUCAACAUGGACGAGCGCGCCCGAGCCGAGGCCUGGCUCAGCUACCAGAGUAUGAGGAGGAACUACACCCUGGAGGGAAAUGAUUUGCACUGGUUAGCAUGUUCGUUAUACGUGGCUUGCAGGAAAGCCGUCCCAACAGUUAGCAGAGGGACUGUGGAAGGAAAUUAUGUGUCUUUAAUAAGAAUACUACGCUGUUCAGGACAAAGUUUGAUAGAAUUUUUUAACAAGAUGAAGAAAUGGGAAGAUAUGGCAGACCUACCCUCCCAGUUCAGAGAACGUACCACGAGAUUAGAAAGAAACUUUACAGUUUCUGCUGUUAUUUUUAAGAAGUAUGAACCCAUUUUUCAGGACAUCUUCAAGUACCCUCAGGAUGACCAACCACGACAGCAGAGAGGGAGAAAACAAAGGAGACAACCUUGCACAGUCUCUGAAGUUUUCCAGUUUUGCUGGGUGCUUUUUGUGUAUGCAAAAGGCAAUUUCCCUAUGAUCAGUGAUGAUUUGGUAAAUUCAUACCAUCUCUUACUGUGCGUCCUUGAUCUAGUCUACGGGAAUUCUUUGCAGUGCCCUAAUCGUAAGGAGAUUCUGAAUCCAGGUUUUAAGGGGCUGCCUGAAGAUUUUCACAGUAAGGAUUUUAAGCUCUCGUCUGAAGCCCCUUGCAUCAUUGAAAAACUCUGCUCCUUGCACGAUGGCUUGGUUUUGGAAGCCAAGGGAAUAAAAGAACAUUUUUGGAAGCCCUAUGUGAAAAAACUCUUUGAGAAAAAGAUUCUAAAGGGAAAAGAGGAAAACCUGACAGGUUUUUUGGAUCCUGGAAACUUUACAGAAAGCUUUUCCAUUCUUCAUUCCAGUAAGGCUAUCAACAAGGCCUAUGAGGAAUACAUACUAUCGGUUGGAAAUCUAGAUGAGAGGAUCUUUCUUGGAGAAGAUGCAGACGAGGAAAUCGGAACUUUGCGGAGAUGUUUAAACACAGCUUCGGAGAUGGAAACGGCCGAAAGAGUACAAAUGAAAUACAAUCUGCAGGAGCACUUUGAACGGACAAAAUCUUUUAGAAUAUCUACGCCUCUUACUGGCCGGAAAUACAUCAAGGAUAGCGAUCCUUACUUGAGCCCCAUUUCCAUCGCGACCCACUGCUUGACACGGCUUCACACAAUGUUGGCAGGGCUGAAGAACGCCCCUAGUGAGAAUCUGGAGCAAAUUCUGAGGGCGUGUUCGAAGGAUCCUUCUCUGUCGAUUGCCAAUAGAGUGAAAGAAAUGUAUGAAAUUUAUUUGCAAAAGGCGCCCUUUUGUGGAGAGUCUGGGAAUUUCUCCAAAGAUUUUGUUGGUAAACACUUCCGUCUCGCUGAGGUCCUUUAUUAUAAGGUUUUGGAAUCUGUCAUAAAACAAGAAAAGAAAAGACUGGAAGAAGCUGACUUAUCUGCCAUCUUGGAGCACGAUGUCUUUCAUAAGUCUCUCAUGGCCUGCUGCCUUGAAGUAAUUAUUUACUCCUACAAGGCGGUGGAUAGCUUCCCGUUCAUCACGGAUGUAUUUGAUGUUCCUGCCUUCCACUUCUAUAAGGUUAUAGAGAUCCUAAUCAGAGCAGAAGAGGGCCUUUCCAGGGAGGUGGUGAAGCAUCUCAAUCACAUUGAAGAACAGAUUUUGGAGAGUCUGGCGUGGAAAAUGGAAUCUCCACUCUGGGGCAAAAUAAAAGAAAAUGAAAAUAAAGUCCCUACCUGUGAAGAGGUAAUGCCACCUCAAUAUUUUGAAAGAUCAAAUGGCAACAGCGUGGCUGGUUCCCCUUUAACUCCGAGGAGAUUAAGUGAAGUUCGUGCUGAAAGUGGAACGCAGGGGAAAGGCGUUUCCUUUUCUCCAGCCACCCUCCACGAACGGUACGGCUCCCCCACCGGCAAUCCGACUAGGAGGAGGCUGUUUGUCGAUAGUGACACCUCCGGCGAGGCCCCCCGGACCCCGGUGAGGCUCUGCCAGCCGCCUGUGAUCAGCACCGUGCCUGUACAGAACGUCUCCUCCGAAACCAUCCCUGUCACUCCGGUGCCUGGGCAGACUUUGGUAACCGUGGCAACCGCCACCGUGACCGCCAAUAACGGGCAGACGGUUACCAUACCGGUGCAAGGCAUUGCCAAUGAAAAUGGCAGCAUAACGUUCAUCCCGGUCCAGGUGGUGGGUGGACAGGCUCAGUCCCUGGCUAGCUCCAUUCCCCCUCUCAGUGCGCAGGCCCUGGCUGGCACACUGGGUUCUCAGCAGAUGACUGGCGCCACCCUCCAGCUGCAAGGCCAGCUCCAGCCGGCUGCCCCUCCUGGAGAACGGCGACAAAAGCAGCAGAUCAGCAGGUGCCGAAAAGCCAGCUCUCUCUCCCUCUUCUUUAGAAAGGUAUUUUAUUUAGCAAGUAUUCGUCUGCGGGAUCUCUGCAUCAGACUGGAUAUUUCCGAUGAGCUGAGGAAGAAAAUCUGGACCUGCUUUGAAUUUUCACUGGUACAAUGCGCGGAGCUCAUGAUGGACCGACAUCUAGAUCAGCUGUUAAUGUGUGCCAUUUAUGUCAUUGCCAAGGUUACAAAAGAAGACACGUCGUUUCAGAACAUCAUGCGCCACUACCGAAUGCAGCCACAGGCCAAAAGCCACGUGUACCGUAGUGUGUUGAUUAAAGGCAGAAGACGAAGGAAUUCUGGCACCAGCGACACAAACAACCCGCAGGCUUCCCCAGUGGAGAAAAAUAAGGACCGAACAAGCCGAGAUUCCAGCCCAGUCAUGAGGUCGAGUAGCACCCUGCCUGCCCCGCAGCCUAGUAGCGCCCCUCCUACCCCAACGCGACUCACCGGAGCCAGCAGUGACACUGAGGAAGAGGAGCGUGGAGACCUGAUUCAGUUUUAUAAUAAUGUCUACACAGACCGGAUCAAAGACUUUGCCCUGAAGUACUCCUCAGCCAAUGGAACUGAUGUCCCUCCCUUGUCUCCGUAUCCCUUUGUGAGAACCGGCUCUCCACGCAGAAUCCAGCUGUCUCAAAACCACCCAAUUUACAUUUCCCCCCACAAAAACGAAUGUGCAACUUCUCGGCGUGAGAAAAUAUUCUACUAUUUUAGCAGCAGCCCAUCUAAGAGACUUGAAGAGAUUAACAGCAUGAUUAGAACUGGUGAGACCUCCACGAAAAAGAGGGGCAUCGUCUUAGAGGAGGGGGCAGAAUCACCAGCCAAGCGCAUGUGCCUGGAAAACCACACUGCCCUUCUGAGAAGGUUACAAGAUGUGGCAAACGACAGGGUCUCUCACUGAUGUCAAAGACUCACCGAGAAUUUUUUUUUAAUGGCUAUCUGGACUUGGACCAGUAAUAAUAGAAGCUGUGACUUCCACAUCUCCAAAGCACUUUGGGGGCAGAAAUGAGGUCCUUUUUUUUUUAAUCUGAUGCUCCUGACAUCAAAAAGAGGAAUCUUCUGCAUACACACACACGCACACACCACUGACGUCUUCUGCUCAAAGACAGUCGGAAAGUUUGAGAAGGAGGAUUUCCUGCCAGUCACGCUGCGAGUCACACCAGCUUUGCUUGGAUGUAUCCCAUCGAUGGAUGUUUACAUCCUUUUUAAUUUAUUUGGUAGAAGGGGUUGGUUUUAAACUCAGAACUGGAAGACCAGUACGUUUUUACAUUAGCCCAUUAACAUUUCUUCCUUUUUUUAGCUAAUUGGAUCUCAUCCAGUGUCAUGUUUAGAAUCGGCAGUAUUUUAACAAUGGAUUUGGAAAUGAGGCAGUCAGCAGUGAUAGAAUCAGUUCUCUGACUAAUUACCUGACCCAGUUUCGAACUGCUGUGAACCUCCUUUUAAAUGAGGAGUGAAGAUUCUAGCACAUUUGUUAAAGCACACUGGAGACAGACCAGAAAUUGAAAUGGAGGGGAGGAUGGGAGGAUUUAAGCCUCCCCUCCCCUCCCUUCUCCUUUCCUUCUAUGCCGUUCAGGUGAUACAGGAAUAUUAUGUAUAUAUACUACACUUUCAUUAUAUUUUAGCUCUGCAAUGUUUCAAGUCAUCUAUCAGCAAGUAGCACUUCACUAGUUCCCAAAAUAUUUUGAAAUGCAAAUUAAGAGUUUUGCAACCUUGGCAAUGGCACUUUUGAAAUAUAUAUACAUAUAUAUUUUAAAUAGCAAACCCUAAGAUGAAAAGCUGUGUUAAACUGCUUGAAUUAUAUUUAUUCUGGAAGUGCACAGAAGUCAUACUGAACUCUUGUGUAUGUUAAGACAGGACUGCUAGCCUUCCCAGCUUCUUAGCUUUAUCGUGGCAGUUGGUUAGUUCUUCCCGCUGGUCUUUUUCAAAACGGCUAGCCAUCCUGGAUUAUCGGUGCAGCUUUUUGGUCCAUUGCAGCGUUUAACUGCUUUAAAUGGAGGUCAGGAAGAAUGAUGUAGAACAUGAAAAAAAAACACCUAUUCUUAUUGAACCGGCCCCCACCUAGCCUGGCUGUCUAUUUGUGAUAACAAUGGUUCACUAGCAUGCAAUAAAACCAUUUCCUAGCCUUAGGGAUGCUGUGGAUUAAAUCCAAGACUCUCUGCAUGCAAAGAAUGUGUACUCCGCCAGUGGACUGCGGCUUUCAUAUGGUUCCUAAUAGAUGCUGAAAAAUUCCAUUUUUUUUUUACCCCAUAAAAGAUCAAAUGUGUGUGUAGAGAAGUGAAAAAUGGUGUUUGGGCAAUUGGACAAUCACUUUGAAGACUGAUAACGAUCCUGUUCAGUAUCGCAAGUGUUGUGCAGAGCUUUAUGGCCUGGAUUGCAUUUGGAACAGAUCUGUGCUGCUCUUAAAAUUGCUCCAAGAGGAUCUCAAUGUAGACAUUGGAGGAAGGAUUUUAGCUUUAUGAAAUGAUUGACUGGACAUAAAUCAAGGCAGGGACAGGGUCAUGAAAUAGGACAUCUUUGGGUGCCGGUAAGUUCAGCCCAUUUGUGUGAUUGAUAAGUUUUAUAAAGGAACAAAACCAAAAAGGUCUGAUUUCAAAAACAAAAAAAAACCCAGCUAAUUCAGCCUUCAGGCACUAUCAGCAGUUCUGUUUCUUGCUAGCCUAGCUUCUCCAAAGAGGAAAAAAAGAAUUGUGUCCCGUAGAUUAAGCCAUAGUUAAACACUGUGAAAUCUUUCCUGCAUUUAGUAGGCUUUGCAUUCAAAAUUCCCAUCCAGUCAUUCUUGCAUCAAGAUACACUUAAAUUUACCUAUUGAUACCCUUAUACAAAUGGUGUAUUUCCUGAUUUAACAGAAUGGGGGCAUUAUAGAAGCCCUUUUCUGUUAAAUGGCCUGUUAACUUGAGGUUUUACUAUAAUUGGCAAAUCAGAAUUCCAAAGAACUUGUACUUAAUUUGCAAAUAUUUUACCCAAAGAAGAAAACUACAACACAGUCUUUCUGCCAUGAUUGGUCUUUAUUUUAUUUUUUUUUAAGAUGUCACUAUUAACACAUUAGUCAAGCCAUCUCAAGCAUGAUUCCUAAGUCAACCUAUGCUAGGUUCUCUUUAAGAUUUUAUUAAAACCAAGAACUCUAAAGGAUUUCGAUUCUUUUUUCAUUAAAAACCCUCACCUUUCCUGACUAAUGUACUAUUUAGGGCUGCCUCUAAUAUUACUUCCACACAUCUUUAGGCUGUUUGAGUUAAGAUGCAUGCAACUAUCACAAUGGGAAGAGUUCUCUACUGAAGUCUCUCUUUGCAGUAAAAUCUUUCCUCCUGUAUGAUUCUUGCAGGCAAUUGGGUUGUAGCCCUAAAGAUUAUGGGACAAGUGAUGUUAGGAGCAGCCAGUAAUGGCAACAUCUGUAAAGGA